AUGUCAGAGACGCUUCAACCCGACGCCAACUACGGCCAUCUUCCAUUUGACAUCUUCCUCUCCGAACAAUGGGACCCAAAUGCCGCAGUAGACAAUCAGCAACAAUGGGAAUCUCUCGUCGAGGAAUGGCAACAGCUAACGCUAAUUCAACGCUGGCCCUAUCAGAACCUGGCCGAGUACUCUCCCCCGAACAUCAGCGAAGCGAUCCGGUCCGUACUGGCCACCCACCAGACCAUCCACGAGCGCAACUGUAGUCUGGUCACCUGCGAUGGUUGGCAGACUAUCUGGCUCCGAACCUGCUAUGACCCGCAUCUCGAGAAUACAUACGCACAGAUAAAACGACAAUCAGGUGUCCCAGGAUGGGGUAUCUCCGGGAAUAAAAUCCUGGACGAUCCUACUCGAUACAACUUUGAGGAUGAUUGGCGCAGGGUAAUCUUCUGUAUGCCCGGAAUUACCGAUUUCGGAGGUGUGGUUGAUAUGGAUGGUGAGGGGGGCGAUUUGCAGUACAAGAAUGUGCAGAAUGAUGCGUGGAUGGUCGAGCAGGCUGAGAUUGAUGCAGAUUGGUGGAACCUUGCACACGCAGGGCUGAGAAUUCAGGUUGGGGUUUAUUUGGUGGAUCGGGAAGCUAUCGAAUCAGGAACGAUCAAGAUUCUUUGGUUGGAUGAACAUGCGGAGGUUAUUUGGGAGAAUCGCUUGGACCCUUGGGUGGCCAAUUUGGAGGGCUUGACUGGGGCACAUCUCAGUACUGCCAGCUUGGCGGAAUUGGUGGGAUAUGACGGGACUUGGGGGGCGAUGAUUGAGAGCUAAACCCUCACUGUUUCUUUGUUGGCUGUGCUGUUGUACGGCCCAAUGUCUCUUCGCUUACAGGCAUCAUGUAUGUACUGCUAGGAUUGCACUGUACAACCCCCAUCAGAUAAG